UUCGCCAAUCGGAGCUCAGCUUAUUGCCGAGUGCGGAGAAACAUUCUCCAGUCCGCGAGUGUCGUCGUCGCUCGGGCAACAGCGUCCUAGAGCCCUCGAGUGGGCUGGGUCUCCGCGUCCAGGCGUCCCGGGCACCCAGCGCGCACUUCUCGCCCCACGAGGAGAAUAGGAAGGGGGCGAGGCCUUCCACGUCUUCCUCAUGCUGUGACGUCCCUAGCGGUGUGGCCCCUGGAGAAACAACCAGCUCCGGGAGAUGGGGCGGGCACCCGCCCAGAGCAGGGACCCCCUGGGAGGCCGCUGGCUGUUAACAAGAUGGUGGCUUUAAUGAAGCUCCUUCCCAGGAUACACAAAUCCAGAAACGUUUGUCUUGAAGGAGAUGAACCGCAGCAAAAUGAAUGUCAACACCACCAAGUCGGGCAGCACCAGGGCCAGGGAUUUAAUGAGCAAAAUGGCUACUAUGUCAGACUGGCACUGUUCGUGUCCUCACACGAAAAAACCCAGAGAGUUAAGGCCCCACUCUUCACCAUGUAGACUCUGUUCCGGGAAUGGUUUCCCCAAUAUGCUCAGACCUUCUUCAACCACACCUAUUGCAAAUCCAAUACUGUCCUUCUUAGAUGUUAAACGGAUUUUGUUUCAAAAAAUUACCGCUAAAGGAGAUGAGUUGGUAAAAGCCUUUCACCUGCUCGAUACCGGUCACACCAUGACAGUGUCCAAGAGUGAGCUGAGAAGAAUUGUCACCAUCUUCCUGCUGCCCCUCACGCGAGAACAGUUUCACGAGGUGCUGGCCAAGAUCCCGCUCACCAGCUCUGGGGCCGUGCCCUACCUCGAAUUCCUGUCCAGGUUCGGUGGGAUUGACCCAAACGCAAAUGUUAUAAAGAGGGACAGCAGACAUGAAGUGAGGGGCUGUCGGACCCUGAAAGAACUGGAACUCCAAGUAGGAGAAAAGAUUUUAAAAAACAUUAAAGCUGUCAUCAGCGCCCUCAAGCUCAUCGACGUCGGCAAGACCGGCCUGGUCCAGCCGCAGGGGCUGCGCAGGGUUCUGGAGACCUUCUGUCUGAGGAUGAGCGAGGACGAGUACAGAGCGUUCGCGCAGCACUACAGCCUUGAUAAAGACGCUGCGGUGGAUUACAAUGCGUUUUUGAAGAACCUCAGUAUAAAUAAUAACUUAAACCUUAAGUACCACAUGGGAAACCAAGAGAUGUCAUGGGAGAAUCAACAAGUCAAAAAUUCCAGAAGGGACUACCUCUUCAGUUCGGAUUUGCCUGAAAGUACCUGGGAAGACUACUCCUUAGAUGAAAUCGGGAGGGCCUUCUGCCAAGAGUUUUCGAAGUCCCGGGAGAAGAUCGAGAAGGCCCUGAGUGCGGGGGACCCCUCCCAGUGCGGGUACAUAUCCCUGAACUACCUCAAGAUCGUCCUGGACACCUUCGUGCGCCGGCUCCCAAGGAGGGUUUUCAUCCAGCUGAUGAAAAGGUUUGGGCUCAGAACCACCAAGAAAAUCAAUUGGAAGCAAUUCCUAGCGUUGCUGCACGAUCCCCCGUGGACGGACGGGAGCCCCGCAGCCCCCCCGGCGAGAAGAGCGAGCACCGACUCUAAAAGUCAGCUUCGCAAGGAGAGCGUCAUCAGGAAGUUGUUUGGACACGGAGACCACCACACGUCGCUGAAGAAAGCGCUGCUGGUCAUCAACAGUAAAGCAGACGGACAGAUGAAGGGGGAGGAGCUGCGGCACAUCAUAAGCUGCAUGGUCGGGAAGCCGAGCGACUCAGAAUUCAGGGAGCUGAUGCAGGCGCUGGACCCCCGGGGCACGGGGCUGGUGGACGUCCGUGUGCUCACCCAGCUGCUCGAGGAGAACCCGCGCGUGAGAAAGCCGUCCUCCUGUGCGGACACCAGGACGCCUCACCCGCCGGCUCGGGACUCAGAGGAAGCCAUGGUGUGCGACGCCGUCGGCAGGAACCCCCAGGCCUUCCACAGCACGCUGCGGUCCUACGACCUCAGCGACACGGGGCUCAUGGGCGCCAGCAGCUUCAAGAAGGUCAUGCACAUAUUCUGCCCGUGCCUGACGACGGAGCAGCUAACGAAACUCUGCAGCAGGUUUCAGGACGCCGCUUCGGGGAGAAUCCUCUAUAAGACCCUCCUGGCAAGCAUGGGGGUGCACGGCCCGUCCCCCGUCCCUCCGGCUCCCACUCCAAAGGACCGGCUGUUCCGGGAACGAGUUCGGAGGGAGGAGCAGCAGCAGCUGGACUGCUCCGAGAGAACCCCGCCCCCGGAGGAGAAGUGGCCCGGGGCCAAGAGUGGGACCAAGGAGGAAGCUAUCGAGAAACUGCACACCUGCGUGCAGCCGCAGGACCCAGCGCUCAGGAGACAAUUUCUGGAUUUCAGCAGGGAACCCGAUGGCAACACUAACGUGUGUGACUUCAGGAAGGCGCCGGAAGAUCAGGGAAUGCCCGUGGAUGACGACCAGUAUGCCCAGCCAACUGCCAGAAUGGGAUUCAGGAAAGACAGGAGGAGUGACCUGGAUUUCACCACCAGAGCUGAAGGUACGGAAGGGCCACAAGCGACCCCACCUCAGACUGCAGUUCCUCUGAAGAGUGACCUGAGCAGCCACUUUGUCAGUGCCGAAGAAUGCCUACAGCUUCUCCCCCAGAGGCUGAAGGAGUUCUUCCGGAACUCCUACGCGGCCUUCUUCAGGAUGGACGCCGACCGGGAUGGCGUCGUUGGCAUGCAGGACCUGCAGCGGCUGCUGCGGCAGCUGCUGUUCAACCUCAAGGACCAGGAGUUCGAGCGCCUGCUGGGCCUGCUGGGCCUGCGGCUCGGCGUCACCUUGAACUUCCGGGAGUUCCGGAGCUUGUUUGAGAAGAGCCCACUCGUGACGGACGACGCGCCCCAGAGACUCGUCAGAGCAAAACAGAAGGUCACGGAUUCAGAACUGGCUUGCGAGCAGGCUCAUCAGUACCUCGUGACCAAAGCGAAGACCAGAUGGCUGGACUUAUCUAAGAAUUUCACGGAAAGGGACAGCGAGGGCGCCGCCAUCCUCCGGCCGCGGGACAUAAAGAACGUGCUGUUCGGCUUUGACAUCCCCCUCACGCCGCGGGAAUUCGAAAAGCUCUGGAUGCGCUACGACCCCGAGGGGAAGGGGCAGCUAACCCACCAGGUUCUUGCAGAAGCUGGGCAUCGACUACUCCCAGACGCCCACCGCCACGCGGAGGACUACUUCAACUAUGGUCACUUCGCCAAGCCGCAGCAGGGGCGGCGCGAGCUCAGAGACGAUCUGUUUUCCCGGCGUGACCUGGUCUAACGUGUGCUCCCCUCCAGGGACAAGCUGAAGGACCAUUACGAAGACGUCCGGAAGGCGCUGGCCAAACUGGGCGACUCCGGAAGCAGCUCCGUGUCCGCGUGCCAGCUGCAGAGGGCGCUGCAGGAGGGCGGCUGUCCCCUCAGCGACGAGGAGCUGGCCGAGCUUCUGGGCAGCUGGGGCAUCAGCUGGCAGAACAACUGCGUCAACUACCUGGACUUCCUGAGGGCGGUGGAGGGCAGCAGGCCGCCCCGACCGGAGUCGAAAGAGAGAGAGGCGGGUGUGCCGGCCAGCUUCGAGAGGCUGCGUCCCGAGGACGUCCUGAAGAACGUGCAGAAAGUCGUCGCCGCCUCCGGCCCCGCCCUGGCCACGGCGUUUUCCGCCCUGGACAGAGAGGACACUGGGUUCGUGAAGGCUUCGGACUUCGGACAGGUCCUCAAGGACUUCUGUCACAGACUCACAGACAGCCAGUACCACUACUUCCUGAGGAAGCUGCGGCUUCACCUGACCCCCUACAUACACUGGAAGUACUUUCUCCAGAACUUCACCUGUUUUCUUGAAGAGACCGCUUCCGAGUGGGCCGAGCGGAUGCCCAGAGGCCCGCCUCCCAAGUCUCCCAAGGAGAUGGCGAGCCCAGAGACCCUGGCCCAGCUCCACAAAGCCGUGACUGCCCACUACCAGGCCAUCGCCCAGGACUUCGAGAACUUCGACACCUCGAAAGUGAGCACCGUGUCCAGGGACGAGUUCAGGGCCAUCUGCACUCGCUACGUGCAAAUCCUGACGGACGAGCAGUUCGACAGGCUCUGGAGCGAGAUGCCCGUGGACGCCAAGGGGCGGCUGAAGUACCUGGACUUCCUGAGCAGGUUCAGCUCCGGGAGAGCGGCGACCCCGCCCAGCACGGGCGACUCGGCCCAGGCCCAGAGAGGGAGCGAGGCCCCCGACCUCCCCGGCGGAGGCAGGUCUGCAGGGUCGUCGCCCACCCGGGACCCGAAGGCGGGGACGAGAGCCCGGAGCCACCUCUGUACGCCGGCCAGCGCGGGCGCGGUGCCGGGCACCCCGCCGCUGCAGAACUGCGAGCCCGUGGAGCGCAGGCUGCGGAGGACGAUCCAGGGCUGCUGGCGCGAGCUCCUGAAGGAGUGCAAGGAGCGGGACACGCACAGGCGCGGGGCCAUCGCCGCAGCCGAGUUCAUGGAGCUCGUGGAGAAGUUCGGCCUGGACAUCAGCAGGGAGGAGUGCCAGCAGCUCGUCGGGAAGUACGACCUGAAGGGCGACGGGAGCUUCGCGUACUGCGACUUCCUGCAGAGCUGCAUCCUGCUGCUGAAGACCAAGGAGACCUCGCUGACGCGCAGGAUGAAGAUCCAGAACGCCCACAAGAUGAAAGAAACUGGUGCUGAGACUUCCUCCUUUUACUUGGCACUGCUGCGCAUUCAGCCCAAAAUCCUGCACUGCUGGCGGCCCAUGCGGCGCACCUUCAAAGCCUACGACGUGGGCAGCACCGGGCUCGUCGGAGUGGCGGACUUCCGGAAGGUGCUGCGGGAGUACAGCAUCAACCUGUCGGAGGAGGAGUUCUUCCACAUCCUGGAGUACUACGACAAGACGCUGUCCUCCAAGAUCUCCUACAACGACUUCCUCAGGGCCUUUCUCCAGUAGGGCCCACGGCGGCGUGCGCGGCGUGGACACACGGGGCCGUAGGGCCAGUCCCCGAGACCCACGGAACCACGCGGCCCAGGAGGCUCCCCGGACCCCCCGGACUGUCUCCGGAAUCGAGACCAGGCCCGCCCCGAGCCGGCGUUCACCGGGCGCUGAGCCGGGCUCGGCGCCGCGCCUCGACCCCGGCCGCAGGGGCGGCCUCUCCGGGCGGCCCCAACACUGUUCCCGAGCCUCAGGGCCCCUCCCUCGUGCGUCUGAGCAAAUAAAAAUGUUCCUCUUUGCAGAAGUGAUU